AUGGCGAACUCUUUAGAAGGACAAAUUCAAAAAGAAAUUUCAGAAAGACACAUUAAUUUUAUUAAAUAUAAUAAUUUUAAUAAAAAUCAGAAAUUGAUUGGAGAAGGUGGAUUCGGCAUUGUGCGCGAAGCUUUAUGGGAGGAAUGCGAAUUGCCAGUUGCUCUUAAAAUGCUAAAGGGUGAUUUAAAGCCGACUGAUAUAAAUGUAAAUGAUAAAGAUAUACGUGAAUUUGUUAAGGAG